GGGGGGGUUGGGGGGGGGUCGGAACGAUGGAGCGAGCAUGAUGAGAGAACGGCGGAGGGGCGCAGGGAGACAUGCACUGGCCGCGGAUCUUCUCUGCCCUCUGCCUGUUGGCUGCCUGGGACUAUGUGACCAGCCAGAUGCACGGCACGCUGGGAUUGCCGCAAGGAGUGGCGGCAGGAGACGGGCGAGGCCAGGGCCAAAGCGACGCGUUUGAUUGGUUGCUCACGGACCGCGGGCCAUUCCACGAAGCAGAGGAGUACAAAGACUUUCUCAAGAAAUAUAGCGAGGGCUACACCGUCCGAUACAAAAUCUACAGGGAAUUUGCUCGCUGGAAAGUGAGUAAUAUCGCGGUGGAGUCACGGGCGGAGUUCCCCCACGCACCUUUGCCCCUCUCCCCGGAGUUCAUGCGCAGCGUGAGGCAACUGGGUCGCCGGCCAACUCAGCAGCAGCUCCUGGAUAACUUCAUUCGAAAAUACGGCACGCAUUAUGUCGUCUCGGGCAAGCUCGGGGGCGAGGAGAAGCUGACGAUACUGGUGGACCUGGCGCGGCUCGGGGGACGUCCAGACAACGGCUCUGUGCAGGGACUGGAAGCCAUCCAGCAGCUUGCCGCAUCCUACUUCAUCAACCGCGAGAGCACGCUGCGUCGCCUGCACGAGAUCCAGAUCACCGGCUGGGCCGUGCAGGUAACAGAGACGCGCAAGGGCCCCCUUGGGUGCAGCAGCUACGAAAACCUGGACUUGGUCAGCUCCGUCCUCAUCCACAGCACGGAGAAUAAGAUCCAACUGCAAGGACUGCAGACGAUCCUGCCCGACUACAUUCGCGAGCGCUUUGUACGCGCGGCCCUCGGCUACCUGCUGUGCAAUGCCGAGGGGGAAUACAGAUGCCACGGUGGCGAAUGCGCCUGCCUCUGCCUGCCCAAGUUCCUCAACUGUAAUUGCCCGGAAUCUGACAUCGCCACGCUGGAGAGCGCCAUUCGCAAGCUUGGGCAAGACCUGGAGCAGACCCAAGAGGACUUCACGCAAUCCGAGGAGUUCAAGGCGUUUGUGCGGCGGCUGCCUCCGGAGCACCUCUUGAACUCGUCGGUGGUGUUCCGCUUUUGGACACGGGACGACGCACUGCAGGCCCGCCUCGGGGUCGUGCGGGGCCGCCUGCAAGCCGUGAAGGCCAAGAUCAGUCGAGCCGUCCACCGCCUCUACAGCCUUAGCCGCCGCUGCCCCAUCAACCCGGCCAUCCGCCUGCCAGCAGAGCGGCCGCUGAGCUACUGGAUGAACCGCGUGCUGUCUGCGCUCUACUGCUCCGAGAACGGCCAGCUGGGCUCGUUCCACGAGGCCACGGGAACCUGCGCGUGCCCCAAGUCCUCGCUGGGCUCCGUGCUGAUGGGUGCACCGGCGGCGGCGACCUGCCAGCGGCCCCUCGGCUGCACUGUGGGGGCCGCCGGCGCCUGCGCCGUGUGCCCGACCAGGGACCAGCAGAGGCCGCAGCAGCCGCAGAGGUGCGUGGCCUGCAACCCGGGCUACGCGCUCACGUCGCAGGGCCGCUGCGAGCCGACGAUGGCCGACCCCGACCUCCUGGAGCGCCUCGUGAGCUUCGAGGCGCCCGAGUUGGACCUUCACGACGACGAGCUCCACGGCCUGCUGGCGCGGCGCGACCACCGGCUCGUGGUGCCCGCCAACUUCGUCAGCAACGACAUGCGCCUGGGCAGCUGGUUCGACCCGGCGUUCCGAAAGCGCAUGCUGGUCACCCUCAAGAGCAACAAGCUGAAGCCCAACGCGGUGCACAUGCUGCUGGGAAUCGCCCUGCAACUCUGCCAGACCAAGAACAGCACCCUCGAGCCGCUCAUGGCGAUAUACGUCAACCCCUUCGGCGGCAGCCACACGGAGAGCUGGCACAUGCCGGUGGGCGAGGAGUCCUCCGCGCUGGCGGGGACCGUCAGCGUGGAGGACGAAGCGGAAGAGGCGGCGGAGGAGGAGGAGGAGGAGGAGGAGGAGGAGGAGGAAAUCGGCGCCAGAAACGCCGCGUACGGCAAAGCGGCCACGCCGGGCUCGCGCUACCCGAGCUGGGAGAUCGUGAGGCUGGACAGCCCCGGCGCGCAGUGCUACAACUACAGCAUCAUGCUGGGCGCCGAGCGGAGGACCCUCUUCGAGACGGUGCACGUGUACCUGCGCAGCCAGCAGCGCAACGACACUGAGCAGCAGCAGCAGCAGCAGCAGCAGCCUCCCGCCGAGCCGCCGGCCGAUGCCCGCGGCCACGGCCACAUGAAGGUGAACGGCGUGCAGGCGUUCGGCUACAGCACGCACUUCGACGCCGACGCCAUGCGCGACAUGGUGCGGCGGGUGGACCGGCAGGCCGCGGUGGCGGCGGCCGCCGCUGCCGCCGCCGCGGCUUCGUCGCCGGGGUCGGCCGCGAGAUCGGCGCCGUCGCUGCUCCUGCAGCAGGUGGGGUCGUCGGCGGAGCGGGAACGGACCAGGGAGGCCCUGCAGCUGUUGCUGGAGGCGCGCGACCGCGUGAAUCGCUACGCGCCCCUGAGUCAAGAGGCCGACCGACCCCGCCUCGACCUUUUCUCCUGCCUCCUGCGCCACAGGCUGCGCCUCAGCCUGGGCGAGGUGGGGCGCGUGGGGGCGGCCCUGCAGGCGUACAGCGCGGGGCUGCCCGGCUAUGCGGGCUACAAGACGUCGCCUCUGUGCUGAGGCGACGCGCCGACGCCGUUUCGUUACAGCCUACUGUUGCGGUGAAUUUCAUCGUGCACCCAACGAGAAUGACUGGAAAACAAAAAAAGAAAGGACUUCAGCUGUUGUUUCCUUUUUUUAUUCGGAAAUGUCAGUGGCCUCUGGUUUUGUUUUUUGCUUUUGCAAACCGAGACAAACGUAUGAAUUUGGGAAGUGAUUGGUACAAGUCUGUAGCCAUACCUUGUCGUGCUUGUGACAUGACUGGCUGAUUUAAUGAAUUUGGGUGGGGAGAUGGGGGGGAUGAUUAUAAUAAUUUGUUUGUCAGGGAUUGGUCCCUACAAGUUAAUAAUCUUUCGAGUAGCACACAGAAAGCAAGUGCUUUGUUUUUAUUGGGUUUGUUUUGUCAUGUGUUUUGUGCAAUCAUGUACAGAUCUUAAGAAUGUUUACAGGGGGCUUAUAAAUGCUUCAGUUUUUAUUGUGUAAGUGUGCGACCAGCCUAAUAGAGGAGGCUACCCUAAUUUUACUCAAGCAUACACCACAUUAAACAGACUGUCCAUAUUUAUGAUACACGCAGAACUACAGACUACUUUUAAAUGCAUUUAGUCCAUCGGAAACAAUAACUUAUUUAUACAAAGAUACAUUUUGAGUUUUUUUUGCAGAUGCUAUUCACUUCUUCUUUUUCAUCCAAUUUUUUAGUUUCUCUUCGCUAAUAUCCAAAUUGCAUUUUGACGCAGAAAUAAACAUACUCCAAACAUAAAUCAACACGUUUAGACUGUAGGAUAAUUUGUGCUUAAGAUGCGUUGUUUUUUUGGAAGUAUUUGCGUGAAUUUGUACGUGCGCAUUUGAGGAAAGAAACACUUUAGAAAACGCAAUAGUUAAGAGGAACCUCUAUCGCGCAUCAUCUCGCAUUUAUUGAGGACCCAGUGUGCUUGGUGCUUCUAGCUGUGUGCAAUCAGUUGAGCUUUUUGGGGUCAAAUCAAGACCAUUUUUGGCAUUUGUGUAAUGAAUGUUGUAACAGCAUAUUCUGCUCUAUAAAUUGUCUGACAAAGCUGGAUGCUCUUCUGUGGCGGGAUAUCAAACAGGACCAAGUCCGCUCCUGUCAAAAAUAUCUGAAUGCAUAAUUGAGCAAUGCACCAAGUUUAAAUGAUUAAUGACAACAAUCAAAUUAUGUGUUCUUUUCAGUCGUAUAUCGAAGCCGUAAGGGAUCGUUUGUGUAAGUGGGUCACCCCUAGGCGUCCAUUAUACAUUUAAAGUUGUGAGGAGAAAAAGAGAGAGAAAAAUUCAGACAAAUGAUUAAUAAUUGCAAUUAAAUGUCAAAGCUGAGCACAGAACUGAAAAUGAAAAUUGAUUUCUCAUUUGAUAAAAAUGUUUCCGGCUCUCUUUGAGAUGCGCCUUAGAGUCGUUACCGCAUGCUGUUCAGCAUGAUAUCCGACAUUGCGCUGCACGUGCUGGGAGCUUCUUCAGGAACUGAAAUCCGAUGUUUUAUUCCAAUGUACUGGGAGCUUCUUCGGGAACAUAGUCAGGAACUGAAUAUUCAGUUCAGGUGUGCGUCUGCUGUAAGGCAACAACGUCAAUGUCUGUUUUCCUCAGGUUUCUGGCCAGGAAGUCACAUUUAGGUCUUGAUAGUCCUUGGAUGUUGAGUUGGUUCACUAAAAGACUUCAUCAAAUCGGUCCCUGGCUCGUGAAAGGGACCCUUUUUGGCAUUCAGCUCUCCUGGCCAUAUCUGCAUUUUUAUUUGGAACGGCUAUUUCGCCUAGUGACGGUAUUAGUUGUCUUUGAGGUUAACACGUAAUCACGUCACAAGGUGGUGGGCUCUGAUAAAAGGCUGCCAUCUCCCUUCACCGGAGGAAUCGCAAAAGCGUCACAAAACCCUCUCCUAAAGUCCCCUUCGUGGCUAGCAGAGCUUCACAUUGGCAUUUAGCUCCCGAACAUAUUGCCAUCCUGCGCAAUAAUCGAAUAGAUUUCAGUCCACGAAGAACUCCCAGCACGGGGAAAUGUCGGACUUUGUGCCGAUCAAACACGUGGUGUGACUGGGAAACUCACCUGGGAGCCGUGCAGGACAACUGUUGAAACCUACGCCGUGAGUUGAUUUCCUUUCGUGAAGAACAUUUCACAACGAUUAAUGCAUCGCAACAGAGAGCUGAAUGUCAGUCGUGUUCUUGGAAUGUGCACAAAUAUCUGGAUGUCCAAAUAGUCACCUUCUGCUUCAACAACUGGCACACUCUUGGCUUUAGGAUUCAACCACGCCAACCUUCGAUGAGACAGCAUAGAACGUGUAAUGUACGGUACUUAUUAAUUUAUAGAAUGUUUGUAUAUUUAAAAAAAUAUUAAUGAAAAAAAGAAGCAUGGCGUUUCAUGUUCAACAAACACUGUUGUCGGAUGAUGGAUAAAUGGCUUCUAAUAAAAUAUUUAAACAAAACAA